ACUCCACCAACGUGACCUUCCAGACCGCGCUUCCGCCUUCCACUGUUAGCUGAGGUGCCCCAGACAACUACAAAGCAAAUGCAACAACCUGGAAUCACCUCUCCAAAACAUCAAAAUGUGUUUUGGGACUCGAGAAAAAAACCAUUCGGAGGGACCUCGACGACACCAUGGUCCCACAUACCAAGAAUCAUUUCCCCAAUCUCAGCCGCCGCCUCAGGGUUAUUUUGCGCCCGGGGAUCCUGGCUAUGAUCGUGCUCGUCAGAUACCUGUCGAUGACACCAAGGAAAAGAUCUCCAGGUUCAUGACAAAACACAACAUACCCCAGCAGGAAGGUCUCGACAAUCUCACAAAUGUUCUCCAAUGGGUCAACAACACUCUGCUCGUCAAGGACAACGAGAUCGCAGUCAUUAAGCGGUCCGCCCGUGAAGAUGUGGACCGCAUUACAAGGGAACGGUACGCAGUAUCACAGGAGCGAGAUCGCUACAGAGCACUCUACGAGCGGGAUAACGCUGCUCUGGCAGAGCGCGAGGAGGCUCUGUAUCAGGCCAAGACCGAGAACCAGCGCCUUCACCAAACAAUCGCCGACAUGAAAUGGACGCACAAUGAGACAUUGGCCAAGAACGAAAAGAGGUACCAAACAAGUAUGGAAGAGCAGGAUACGAAACAUGAGGAUGCUGUCAAGAAAUUGCGCAUAGAGAUUGACGAUCUCAAGGAGAGAAUCGGCGAAUACACCUCACAGGAUGAUGCCGUCAUUUCUGAUGAGGCUUUCCGGACCUCGUUACUGUCGUUGUCGCAACAGCUGUUGAAGAUUGUGGACCACAUUCCCAAGCCGAUGCAACAGCAACAAGACACAAGGGGAUGGUCCAGGUUUAUUCGGAGCGUGUGCUGGACUCAUUUGUUGCACGGGUUCUAUCAGUAUCCAUUGGGAUUUGGCAUCUUUGGCGUUGAAGGAGAAGCGCAUGCUAUCCUUGCACACUUUUCUGAGGCGAUCAGAGUACAGGCUGCUGAUGACCCUGAUGAUUCUACUUUAACAAACCAACAAAAGGCCAAAAUGAAUGAGGGACGAGGAUUCCUGUUUGAACGCAUUCUGGAAGACUUCCGCCGGAACAACAGCACCGAUGAGAAGGCAUUCACAACAUAUUUUCGACAAAACAUAGAGCGAGUCACCGAGGACCUGGUGCGGGCUCUUCAGCAAUGGAGUGGCCAAGCAUUGGAUUCACAAGUCAACAAACGUAUCUGGACCGUGGUACGCGAUGCAGGCGUGUUAGCACUUCAAAUGGGGUCACAGCGGUCCCGUGUAAUGCUGGUGGCAUGUUCACGUGGUGACAUCGUUCAGCUGAAGCACAUCUUUGAAGACGAGACAGGGCACUCCGAGGAAGUCAAGGUCAUUGUAGACAUGAUGACGCAGCCAGGUUUGAUGAGGAUUGGUAACGGGAAGGAAGACUUGACUCGUGAGCAGGUCAUCUCGAAGGGGAAAGUUAUUCCAUUGAAGACCCGUGAUUGA